UCGGCUGCAUCUCCUUCAGCCACUGUUGCACACUCUGCAACAAGUCAACAACCGCCUUCCCAUUCCAAAAAAAUUAAUAAGUUGUUUUCGUAGGAAGCACUCCAUCAUUUCGGAUUCGGGUCCUCGAUGGUGGGCCCAUCGUUAGGCCGUGUGCGGCUAAUGACAAGCGGCCGUUAAAGGCUUGACGACGUAACCUUCAAUUUCCCGCGAAAAGAGAACAUCAAUCUUUGAGUCAUCAGACUCUUCACAGAUUUCCAUUUUCAAUACACUGUCUUAUCUUCAUUCUUUCGCAACAGUCUCACAUGUUCCGUCUUCAAAUCCAUUCGGUGGACACGAACCACCUCAUCACCACCAGAUCCGCCGGAGAAGACAGCGGCGUCGCCACUCCCACUAACCCCAACUUCGCCUCUUCAAACCCUUACCCUAACAUCCAAGAACGCAGAGGCAUCGUCCAUCUCUUCCGCAGCGUUUCCUGCCAUGAUCCGACCUCUCUAUCCACAAACCGUAAUGACUUCGAAGAGGAUUCCACUUUUCUCUUCGUCGUCGCUGUUCCUAACCACCUGUCCCUCGAAGAUCUCAUAUCCUUCUGCGCUUCCUACAUCAAUCACUUCUCCGAGGUUCUCAUCAUCAGGAAUGAUGGAAUGGAGGAUCGAUACAGCGUGUUGAUUAAGCUUGUAGACCAGCAGAAAUCGGAGAGCUUUUAUUGGAAGUUCAACGGGAGACGGUUCUCAUCCACUGAGGCUGAGGUUUGCCAUAUCUUAUAUGUGACUUCCGUAGAAUAUACGGAAUCUUCGGAGAUUGCCAGUACUCCGCCUCAAGGUUUUACUGAAUUGCCUACUUGCCCUGUUUGCCUUGAAAGGCUGGAUCAAGAUACCAGUGGGAUCUUGACAACACCUUGCGACCAUUCAUUCCAAUGCUCAUGCAUCUCAAAAUGGGCCGAUUCGUCUUGCCUGGUUUGCCGAUUUUGUCAAAAGCAGGCUCAGAAACCAACAUGUUCUGUUUGUGGAACAUCGGAGGAUCUCUGGAUUUGCAUGAUCUGUGGGUUUGUGGGAUGUGGAAGGUAUAAAGAAGGUCAUGCUAUCAAGCACUGGAAAGAAACAAAACACUGCUAUUCCCUUGAUUUAGAAACGCAACGUGUUUGGGAUUAUGUCGGUGACAAUUAUGUUCACCGACUAAAUCAUUCUAAAACUGAUGGGAAGUUGGUAGAGUUGAACUCCUGUUGUAUAUUGAAAGAUGGUGAUUGUGGGAACUGUGACUACUCUGAGGAUUCUGGAAUUAGCAGUGCGCUCUUUAGCAGUAAAGUUGAUAUUGUGGAUGAGUACAACCGCUUACUCACAAGCCAGCUUGAGACUCAAAGAGAAUAUUAUGAAACUCUACUUGUAGAGGUCAGAGGUAAAAAGGAGAAGUCCAUUUCUGAAGCAGUGGAGAAGGCUUUGUUUUCAAAGCAGCAGGAAAUCCAACUGAAAUAUGAUAAAUGCAUUGAGGAAAAAAGAGUUGCUGCUGAUAGGAAUGAAAAUCUUAUGACGAAGCAAAAACUGUUGCAGAAAGAGGUUAAGGAGGCUGAAGAGAGGGCAAUAUCAUUUUCAAAACUGAAAGAUGAUAAGAUAGUGGAUCUGGAAGAACAGAUUAGAGAUCUUAGGGUCUACAUUGAAGCACAGAGAACUCUUGAUACCAUGACUGGUUCAGAUGACAUUAAAGGGGGAACAAUACUUCCUGUACCAUUGCAACAAUCCACAUCAGGAAGCACCAAAAGGUCCUCGAAGGUGAACAGAAGGCGCAAUUAACAGUUCUCAAUAACUUCAUACAUUAACAUCGUGUAAAUGAUGAACUUUGUGUGCCAUCUGUAAUUGUUGAUCAAAUUUCAAGAGAAAAUUGUUAAGAAUCUGUAGAGCCUGUGUUGACACAGUAAAUUGUAUUGUAUUGUCUGUCUCUCAAUGGAGAGAAUAUUACAUUAUAUAGAGAAGAGUUGCCCUAGUAUGGCUAGGGUUUGUACAAUAUAGGAAAUUAUACAGGAUAGAGAAUAUCAAUUAGGAAUAUUGUCCUACCAA